UCGCGCCAACAUGGCUGGGAAUGGAACGUUUCUCUGUCAUUUCGUUCACGCUCCCAGUGGCAUUCACAACGUUUCACGUUACUCCUUGAAAAAACGUUACAAUGUCGGGAGGUUUAGAUAUUCUCGCCUUGAAAGAUGACGAUGUUACCAAGAUGUUGGUGGCUACCACCCACUUGGGAUCGGAAAAUGUGAACUUCCAAAUGGAACAAUACGUCUACAAGCGCCGCCCCGAUGGUAUCAACAUCAUCAACAUUGGGCGCACUUGGGAGAAACUGCUUUUGGCUGCUCGUGCUAUUGCUGCCAUUGAGCAUCCUCAAGAGGUCUACGUUAUCUCAUCUCGCCCCAUUGGCCAACGUGCUGUCCUCAAGUUCGCCAAGUACACCGAGGCGACCCCAAUUGCCGGGCGUUUCACUCCUGGUGCCUUCACCAAUCAGAUCCAACAGGCUUUCCGUGAACCCCGCUUGUUGGUCGUCACUGACCCACACACGGAUCACCAACCCAUCAUUGAAGCCUCGUACGUGAACAUUCCUGUAAUUGCUUUCUGCAACACUGACAGCCCCUUGCGCUACAUCGAUAUCGCUAUUCCAUGCAACAACAAAUCACCCCAUUCCAUUGGUUUGAUGUGGUGGCUGUUGGCACGUGAAGUAUUGCGACUCCGCGGAACCAUCAACCGCACCGUCGACUGGGGCGUCGUUGUCGAUUUGUUCUUCUACCGCGACCCAGAGGAAACUGAGAAGGAAGAGGCUGCUGCCAAGGAAUUGUUGCCGCCAUCGAAAUUGGAGGAGGUCAUUGAACCAGUGGUCGAGGAAACAAACUGGUCUGAGGAUGUUGCUCCAAUUGUCCCGGCCGCCACCACCACCACCACAACGGAUGACUGGACCGAAGAGGAUCCCGUCAAGGCCAGCUGGAGUGCUGCCGAUACUGGAUUCUAAGAUAAGAAUAUCCCGCAAAUCGUAUUGAAGCCACAGCUAGCAAUGUCGCCAAUAAAGUGGUUUUUGUAAGAAGGAAAA